CACCUGAGAUCACCUGAUCGUACGAUGUUGUAGACAAUAUGGCUGACAGUCCAGUUUCUAUUUGUCUUUUUCGGCGAUAAAAAAUUGUUUCUCUUUUAAUCUUUUUUCCACUUCAACUUUAGCUUAGAUGAACUCUACCGUCGUCAUGUCUAUCAAUACGAGCCCCGAUGACAUGGACCGUCACAACGUUCGGCAGGUAGAAGCCCAACACGCUGCCAGCCUCCUGUACAACGGUGGACCUCCUAACAACAACCACAACUACACGGACUCCAUGGAAAGGACUAACUCCAUGCAGAAUAGCAUGGUCUCAAACGAUCCCGAUUUCGACCAGGGGAGGAUAUCUACAGUUCGGAGGACAUUUUGUCUCUUCCUGGUAUUCGACUUUGGAUUGGUGGUGCUCAUAUGGCUCAUUUUUGCAAUAGGAAAUAAAAAAGGUGGAUUUCCAGAGCUUGAGAGACAAGUCAAGAAGUACACAAUAAAAGACUCUUUAUUUGAUGUUGUGCUUGUGUCUGCAGCCAGAGUGACCUUUAUGCUGCUAGCCUACGCUCUAUUCAGACUGCGCCAUUGGUGGAUGAUAGCGUUCUGCACACUGGGGUCCUGUGUAUUCCUGAUAUACAAAGUAGUUGUUUAUGAUUUUGCUGGAAGUACCCAUCCUAUGGACUACAUAGUCCUGUUGUCUUCUUUCAUCUUGGCAUGGAUAGAAACUUGGUUUCUGGACUUCAAGGUGCUACCCCAGGAGAGAAAACUUGAGCAACGGGCCCAAGCUAGACUUCAACGUAGCCAAGGUGCCAAUGAACGGACACCGUUGCUAGGUGACCAGCCAAGGAGAGGCAGUAUCACAGAUGUAGGGUCCUUCUAUUCUCCUUUAAGUACCCCAGAGUUUAGCGAUGAAGAAGAAGCAGUUGGGCGUAGCUCCAGAAGGGGGCGCUCUUCCUCCUCAAACCAAGCCACACCCUCUCCAACAAUGGAUCGAGAGUAUAAAAGGUUGGGAAAGGAAGCGUUCGACGCAUGCUGGCAGCUUCUAAACACGGACGACUGGUCCAUAGAAAAGGAGAACAAAGAAAAUGGGGACGUAGUCUUCGCAAGGAAGGAUCCAAAAUUUGGCAAAAUAUUUAAAGGACAGGGUAUAAUGGAUAUCAGUGCUGAAGCACUUCGUUCUGACGUGUUUGACAAAGUAGAGGAAGCCAUCUCUUGGAAUGCCACUCAGGAGGAAUGCAAGAUCCUUCGAGUUAUUGACUGCCAAACAAAGAUCACGUAUGACAAGUCUACAGAAGCAUUGGGCGGUGCUGUAGCAAGCAGGGAUUUUGUCAAUGUUCGCCAUAUUCAGAAGAAGGGGAAGUACCACAUAUCUGCAGGGAAAACUACCACACACCCAGCCGCUCCUCCAAGGAAAGACACUAUCAGAGGUGAAAACAAACCAGGUUGCUAUGCCAUGAUGACGUUAGACAACGAGCCCAAUAAAUGCCUCUUCAUCUGGAUUGUCAAUGUAGACUUAAAGGGCUGGAUCCCUCAAUACCUUAUAGAUCAGGCGAUGGCUGGAAAGAUUCUCGAUUUUCUCAGCUCUCUCAGGAAGCAUGUUGAAGACAUAAGACAGGUGUAACAGUGGUCUUUCUUUCUCAGAAACAAACCUUCAAUCAUAACAUCAUCAUCAUCAUCAUCAUCAUCUUGGCCAAAUCAGGAUUCACUCAUUUUGGAAAAAUUAUAUAUUUCUUCUACUGAAGUCCUUUAAUAAUAUUAUGCUAUGAUCAAGUCAUGAUAUAGAAUUCUUUGUUAAAAUGUCAUACAUUACGUUGUAUGAGAUUGAGUAUCCACGAAUAACAUCAAAGUACACUACAAAAAUCAGAGUACUUUUUUUAAAAAAAAGCUUGCAUGUAUUCAAAUCAAAAAGGUACACUACAAAUCUUGCAUGUUAUGUACAUGUACAUAAAUACUUCGAUCAAGGAGGUUAUAUAAAGACUAAGUCUUUAUAUAACCUCCUUGAUCGAAGUAUUUAUAUACAUGUGCUUUGAUGACUUUUCUUUAAGUCUUCUCACUUCUCAGUCAUUUAUACAAGGAAAGUGGUACUAGCUGUAAAUAGCAAAAAAUAUGAUAUUUCUAUCAUUACAAUGGCAAUAUUUUGUUAUUGAAUACAAAAAAAUGACAUCAUAUUUUGGCAGCAUCAGCAUCAAACAAUGAUAUGUAUACUGGCUAAUACCAACACAUAUCAAUAGUCUAUGACUAUGAUGUCAACUCAUAAUCAUAUAGCAAACAUUGGUAUUUCUAGGUUGUUACAAAACAUCAGCAUUUUUUGCCAAUAACAGUCAAUGUACAUAACAAACAAGACAUGGUGCUGGAUUUUUCUAUGUUAGAAUUAAGACAGUUUUUACAUGUAUCUUGUAAUCACUUCUCAGUAAUAAAUGCUUAAUUUCUUUAAUUCAUACAAAAUUAUGUAUGUGUACGUAUAAGCAAAUUUGUAUGUCUUAUGCAAUUCAUUGAUAUGCAAUUGUAACCCACCUGACAUGCAAAUAUAUGGUAUAUUUCUUAUUUUGUUCAUACUGUUCUGUAUGAAAUGAAUAUGAAUAUGGAAGGCUACAAAAAAGUUAAACAGUGUUUAAAACACUUUGAUUGUAAAUAUGGCAAUGAUGCAGUGUAAAAUGUUUUUGUACCAGAGAUUUUUAUCUCAUUGUAAAAAGAAUAUUGUGGAAUAUAUACAGUGGCCUCGUAAGAUUGGUGCCAUGCUCAUAAAUUAAGUGAAAAAAAUGAAUGUUGUGAAAUGUAUAAACUGUGUUUUCUUUCA